CCUCCCCUCCCAAAUCAACCACUGCUAUUAGUAAAUUAUACUUAUAAAUCUUUUCAGGAAAUUAUGACAAAGAAGCUCUAUCGGUGAAUGACAAGAUAAUGCUGACUAUUUACAAUAUAGCUGUAAUGUGGCCACUCGCUGUAGCCUUACUAUUUCUCAUAGUCAUCAGUCUAUCGUUGAUAGUAUGUUAUAAAUACAGGCAUAUGUAUAAAAAGAAUCAACGUCAUCUGGAGGCAAAUAAUAUGAUAUUAAAAAAUAAUAGCUGUUCAAAAUCCGAAAUUCAUUCGGAUGCAUAUGAAACAUGUACACCAUUCAAAUCGAAGAGUACCAUACUGACCAAUGACGAUUCAAACUACAAUGAAAUAUCACCAUAUGCAACAUUUCAAAUUUCUCCUUCUAAAUCACCAAAAAGAAACAAACAAUACUUUUGCACUAACUGCGGAGAAAAUUUGGAAAUAUGCAACUGCAAUAGAAUGUUUUGUUCUCAGGCGGACUACACAAACUUUUUAAGACGUCCAAUACCGAAACGAGUACCUUCCUAUUCAGAUAACAACAAUGAAGAUUCCAAAAGUCAAAGUAGUUCUAUUCAUGAGUUUUAUGAUAUUGAGAGAAACUCAAAAACAUGUGAGCCAAUGAAGAAACCUAAGCGGAGACUGUUACCUCUACCAGAUUCUAGACGUGGAUCAAAUCAAAGUUCCAGAGAAUGUAGAAGCACAAAUUUACAUGAGACCACAUUCAUGAUGCCAAUACAGCAUCAUGGAACAUAUUCGCAUAAUGAUACCGAUGAAGAAGAUAAUGGAACUAUGAGCUCCGGCCGUGGUUCCAGACCAGUUCCAUAUAGAGUAUGCUAUUAAGUAAAAUUAAUAAACAUAAUAAUAUGAUUUUUGUUGAAUUUU